CUUUAAAAAAAAAUGUUAUAUCUCGGAUUCAUGGAGGUGGGGCUUUAGACCGAAAAAUGAAACUCUGGGCCAAACAAAAAAAAGGCAAAGCUCGCAUGAAAGAAGUAGGCAAAGUAAAUUUUGGGGCUGGCAAUUUACGAGCACUUUUAAAAA